GGCAGCAUUCAAACCAUACGACGUCUGUUGUGGCCAAAGUGAUCAAAGAAGAAAUCGCUUCAUGCUCCUACAAUCCUGUGCCACAGUGCCGACUUACAAGUGCCCAACCAUGGCUCCCCCGGUUGCAGUGUCUCCAUUGAUUAAGACUGCCAGGUAUUCAGCUUUGAUCGCUGGCAUCCUUUAUGGCAAGAAGAGAUAUGACAACUUGAAGCCCAUUGCAGCUGAGGAGAGAAGGAUUGAGGAGGAAGAGAAGAAGGCCCGUGAGGGGCAAGAGCGCAUUGCCAAGCAGCUGGCAGAAGCAAAUGAAGACACCAUUCUAAAGUAAACCUUCACUUGUACAGUCCCUCAAAUUGUUCUCUCUGGUCAUUCUGGGGUAACACGGGGCAACGUCAGUGUUGCACCGUUUAAACGCUCCCAUGUUGUGGAUAUCUACACUGCUGUUUAGGAAUAACUUAUUUUUUCUGGAUUGCAUGCUUCUGCUCCUGUUAGUAAAGUAAUCAUGUCAAUAAUUUGCUCUUGAGCUAUUGCUUGUUAAAAAAGUAGCAUUGUCUAAAACCCCACCCACCUCCAUGUUGUUUCCUUAUUGACUGUUACAGCAUGUUUGACAUUAUUCAACUAAGAAUGCACACCUCCCUUUAUAUAUACGAGUCCACAUUGUUUUACCGGUGAAUUUGCUUGAAUAAAUGCAAAGUGGUGUCAUUCA